AUGUCCGGUCUACAGACUUUGUAUUUUGUUUUGUAUUUUUUCGUUCCUCUGGCCGGCAUCGUUCUGAAUGGAUAUGUACUUUCUCGACUUCUUCGUGUAGCCAAGUAAGAGCAUCUAAACAAAAAUAGAUGAAAAAGGACGUUAAUUUUUUUCAGAAAAAGUGCUGUCAGGUUUGAAACAACGUCGGGACUUCCUUUAGCAGCUAUGACGGUUUCCGAGUUCUUAUAAGUCCAAUAAUUUUUUUAUUUUUUUAUUUUUAGGUGGGAGAUUCAAUAACUCUAUUCUCCUUGUUUGCACAAUCGUUGUUUCAUUCUGUACCAAAAUAUGAAGCGCCGAGCUUCGUUUUGAACUUUAUAUGCAAAGUGAGUUACAAGACAUCAGAAAAAUGUUGACAAAAGUAGUCCUAUGAAAAGUUCGAAGUUUGGAAAAAAAUUUUUUAAGUCGUGGGGAAAUUUAUAAACAAGCAAAAAUUCAGAAUUUCAAUUUUUGAGUAAAAUAAACGUUGAAACUGUAGAAAUCAUCUGAAGAAGUUUGAGAUUGCUUAUUACUUGAUACCAAAGCGGAUACGUUUUCGAGAAUGGAAGAUGAACCAUUUUUCUCUCAUUAUCCAGAAAAAAGUUGAUUGAAUUUACAUUUUCCUUCCUUUUACCGACAAGUAUAAUGGGUGAUAACUUUAAAAAAGACUUCUAAAAGAACGUAAGCCUUCAAAAAAUAGUUCGAACCAAACCGAUGAACUUUCAUACAGUUGUUAUGAAUAAAUUUAAUUCUCAUAUCAUUCUUCGACUUUCGUUAGCUUUAUGAUCAAAAAAACAGCUGUAAUCAUAUCAUAGUCUAAUAUUUUUAGGGUGGCCUGUAUCUGGUUCACACCUCAUCAGCUUUUUCCGUGUGGUGUUGGCUCGUUUUGUCGAUAUUGCGAUACACGGCUGUUUUCCAUCCCAUUAAGUACAGAACCAUUUGGAGACAGCCUAGAAACGGGCUCAAGUCAGUUGGAAAAAAAAUAUUCAAAAUGAUUUUUGAAUUUUAGAGCGUUGGCUCUAUCUUGUUGUAUUUUUGAGUCUUGGAUUUUGUUUUUCGUCGUAUUCCGGCAGGACGAGACGGGGACAACGUGUAGCGAAAAAGAUGAUAUUGAUGCACAAUAUGUGAAGGUGAGACUGUUUCUACAUAUUGGCUAAAGACGGAAAAGCUACAAAAACUCUGUCGUUGUACUUGAAACCUGAAAAGAAGAUCAAAGUUUACUUCUGGACGACUCAAAACUCGUCCAAAUUUUUCUUAUCAAAUUCAAUCCAAUAUGGAAUUCUUCAUACCAAAAUAACUUAUUUUAUUUUCUGUUUUUGAACCUAGAAGUAAUUUUUGUUUAUUCAUGAAAAACUAAAGCUUUCCUUAGGCCAGAACCAGCUGUUAGUUGAUAUUUGACUCUUUACUGAUGUAUUUGGUUACUAUUUUUGAAAAAAAUAUGAACUUGACUAGUUUUUUUGUGAGGAUCAAAUCAAGUUGGUACAACUAUAAAAAAAAUUUCCAACUUUCAAAACUUGACAGUGACGUCAUUUCAAAUUAUUCAAUUUGAAACAGCAAACUUUAACAGUAAAGAAAGUUUUUUUAUUUCUAUUUCAGAAAAAUUUCUUAAACUCUUCGUAUCCCUAAAAAAAAGCUUGUCAUUUCGAACAUCCAGACAGAAAAAAAUAGAAAAAAACGUUCUGACUGAAUCAAAAUCAAAGACUGAAAUACCGUUUUUUUGAGUUUCAUUUUUUUGAUAUUUUUGAAAAGAAAAACCUUGAAACUUGGAAGAAAAACAUUUUGGGCAUAAAACGGCUCGCGUCGAACUUUUUUGCUUGAGUUUGCAAAGAGCCUAUUUAAAAUAGUCAAUAGUCAAAAAAAUCAAGUAACUAUGAAUUUUUUUGCGAAAUAAUGAUAAAUAAAAAGUUUCAGCUUGCACAUCUUGGCGACGUUUGUUUCUUCUACGCCAUUCCUUCUUUAUUGCGAAUCACGUUGGAUUUCAUCGUGUUACUACAUUGUUAUUCGCCAUUUUCCGUCGACAGUUUCGAUCGAGCGAUUUUUGAAAGGAGAUAUGCAAUUAGCGGGCCGCCAUUGAGAAGGUCAGUGAAUAAAAUUGUGUAAAAAUUCCAAAAUGAUUAUACUGUUUCUCUUCAUGAUUAAAUUGUAACUUCUCUUCUCACUAACGUUUUCAGCUACUCCACAGCCGCGGAUUGUGAAGCUCUCAAUCUCCGUAACAAUAUGGCUUUAGCCCUCACCAUUUCUUCAACAACGCAGGUAAACCUUGAAAGUUUUUGUUUUCGUUCACAAAAAACGAUUUCGAAUAGGUUUUAGAAACCAGUGUCUCGUUGAAUUCCCACUACGGCUGUAUAUCUUCUAAUCGUUUACGAACAUUUUUUUGAUAAUCAGAAUCGCAAUAAGAUUCUUUAUUUAUUUUUAACAACUCAUUCAAAAAGAAUAUCUAAACAGCUUCAUAUUUAAACUGGAUCCUUUUUUUCUAAAAUUGCAAGGAAUUUUUGUGCCACUGGAAGAUUUAUCACCGUUUUGGUCAAUAGAUUAUACAAAAAUCUGGAAUUUCAAGACUGUAAUUCAUAGAAAAUCACUCAUCGUGUCUCAGUUACCCAAAAUAUCAAAGAUUUUCAGGUUAUGUCUAAAAAGAGGGCAGCAUAUCUGAAGAGGAAAACAGCGAUGGUCAUGAGAUCGAUAGUAAUAUCGGUUCUGAACAUUUUGCUCAAUCUACCAGCUCACAUUCUAAGAGUCUGGGCUACUUUAGAUAACAGCAGUAUCCCAAAAGACCUUGUCAGCACAUUUGAGCGUAGGAGUUCAUCAGAAGUCUGAAAAAAGGGCCAGUUUUCAGCAAUCGUGCAAAUAUUGUACUUCUCGCAAUUCGCGUGCAACGCUUUCUAUCUGGCCACUUCAAUCUACGAAACGAGUGAGACACCACGGAGUACAGUCGUCGUCAGCAGCGGACGGCACGUCUCGCGUUGUAUCUCUGAAGAUAGUUGA